GCCAAGCCAACAUAACAAAAAUGAACGCCUAGGUGUAAACACAGUGAGAACGCAUAGCUUUUUUUAAUUGUAAGCAACAAAGUGUACACGUAUUUAUUUUUCAUGCAGUAUUUCUUUAAUUAUCACGAUGUUCCCUCUAAGCACACAAAAGAAACACUGGCUAUUUAGUGACGAAAAUGAUAUCGCAUGUCUACGAGAAAAAACCAACGCUACCUUUAUUGCUAAGCAUGGCGCAAAUAUCUCUCCAGAAAAGAAAGAAAAACACUUCCUGUCUGUAGCGGAAGAGAGGGUUCUUCAAAGAUUUUACGAAUCUCAGUUAAAGGAAUUUUGCAAAAGAUUCGCUCCACCUAUGCCGAAAGCAACCAUUGCUACUGCGGUACAUUACUUUAAAAGAUUUUAUCUGGGAAACAGUGUCAUGGACUAUCAUCCAAAGGAAAUAUUAGUCACAUGUGUAUAUUUAGCAUGCAAGGUCGAUGAAUUCAAUGUAUCUAUAUCGCAGUUUGUUUCAAAUAUUAUGGGAGAUAGAGAGAAAGCUUCUGAUAUCAUAUUGAAUAAUGAACUUCUGUUGAUGCAACAAUUAAAUUACAAUUUAACCGUCCAUAAUCCCUACAGGCCAGUAGAAGGGCUUCUUAUAGACAUAAAGACUAGGUAUAAAGGAGUAGAUAAUCCAGAAAUCCUAAGGACAUUCAUCGAUGACUUUUUAGAAAAAGUAUUUCUUACAGACAGUGUUUUACUUUAUGCACCUAGUCAGAUUGCUUUGGCAGCAACGUUACAUGCAGCAUCAAGUAUAAAUGCUAAUUUGGACAAUUAUGUGACAGAAAUUUUAUUUUCUGAACAACAUUUACCAGCAAUAAUUGAAGCUGUUAGAAAAAUCAGAUCGAUGGCUAAAUGUGUAGAAGUUCCAGCGAGAGAUUUGGUGAAGAAAUUGGAGAAAAAAUUGGACGCAUGCCGAAAUCAAGAUAAUAAUCCCGACUGUGAAAGAUAUAAGCAACGGAUGCAAGAAAUGUUCGAUGAAGACGAUUACCUGGAUGAUCAGCAGAAGUAUGCCAAACUAAUUAUGGACCAAAAUGAACGAGAUGAAACGAUUUUAGGAAUCAGAGCAAUAUCACCUGCAUCAAAAUAAAUUAGAAAUAUUGACGAGUAUUUAUUACUCCAUUAUUUUUUUAAUGAAUAAUAACAAUGUUAAACUUUUCAAAUAUCGUUUUUAUAUGAAAGAUAUCAGUUCAUUAUAAUAUCGCUUAGUAUUAAGUUCAAUUUUGUAAAAAUAUUUAUCAC